UGGGCUGGUGUGCACUGCAGAGUGAGUCGGUGGUGCCCAGAACCAACAGGCAAAGGGAGCAGAGACUACCCAGCAGCCACUGUCCUGUGGGAAAUCCUGAAGAUGGCCAAGGAUGAUUCCACUGUCCGUUGCUUCCAGGGUCUGUUGAUCUUUGGACAUGUGAUUGUCGGUAUGUGUGGCAUCGCCCUAACUGCAGAGUGCAUCUUCUUUGUAUCUGACCAAAACAGUCUCUACCCACUGCUUGAAGCCACCAACAACGAUGACAUCUAUGGGGCAGCUUGGAUUGGCAUGUUUGUGGGCAUCUGCCUCUUCUGCCUGUCUGUUCUUGCCAUUGUAGGAAUUAUGAAGUCCAACAGGAAAAUGCUCUUGGCGUACUUCAUUAUGAUGUUCAUAGUGUAUGGUUUCGAAGUGGCAUCUUGUAUCACAGCAGCGACACAGCGAGACUUUUUCACACCCAACCUCUUCCUGAAGCAGAUGCUGGUGAGGUAUCAGAACAACAGCCCCCCAACCAACGACGACAAAUGGAAAAACGACGGCGUGACCAAGACCUGGGAUAGGCUCAUGCUCCAGGACCACUGCUGUGGUGUAAACGGCCCAUCAGACUGGCAGAAAUACACCUCCGCCUUCCGGGUGGAGAAUAACGAUGCCGACUACCCUUGGCCCCGGCAGUGCUGUGUCCUGAACACACUUAAACAGCCUCUCAACCUGGACGCUUGCAAACUCGGGGUGCUCGGUUACUACCACCGUCAGGGCUGCUAUGACCUGAUCUCUGGACCAUUGGACCGGCAUGCCUGGGGAGUUGCCUGGUUUGGGUUUGCCAUCCUCUGCUGGACUUUUUGGGUUCUCCUGGGUACCAUGUUCUACUGGAGCAGAAUUGAGUACUAAGCACACAGUAUCUCUGCCACACCUCCCUCCUCGGGUGACUCUGGACUUGGUGCUGGAACCUGCUAUUUCGUCACGUGCUCUCUGUGUGCUCUCCACAGUGACGUAUGCGUCUCUCACUCAAACGCCAGCUCCGGUGGAAUGGGCUCCUUUUAGGCUCUCGGGCUGCUGCGCUCCUCAACAGAAAUGUUUCUCGUCCUUGCCUAACACUCUGCAACAUAUUUAUGGACCGUGAGACAGAACAUUUGGAUGGAGAUAGCUCCAUCCCUGUUUAUGUUUACUGUGGGGACACCAUGACAUUCACAGGAGCCUGCCCUACCACUUGCAAGCUCUGUCUGUAUUUAGUAGCAAAUUUGAGCAACAGGGAGCCCAUAUUUCUUACUAUUUCUUCAGCCUUGCAAGAUGUGCUUGCCACUGUGUAGACCGGGCAAGGGGAGGAGGGAGACUGCAGAACUCUGUUCUGGUUUGGCGAUAACGUCUGUCCACACUGGUGGCACUCCUGACACACCUGCUACCUUUGGAUACUUUUUAUUCUCUGGGACAGUCAUUGAUUUUCAUUUAAUAAGCCUUCAGACUUCCUCUUCUGCCCCGUGGAGUGACAAGCAUUUAGCAGUUUCCUUCUCAGUUAACUGGAAGUACGUAAUCUUUAGGGACAUUGACACUCCCCACUUUACAUCAGCUCAAAGGUUUGAACGUGGCAGUCCAAGCCAGCUCUUAGAACAGGUGAUUGAAAGGGACUUUUGUUUGCUGUCAAAAUAGUUUGGUCCUGAAGGAAGUCCUGACAACUCACCAUUGUUUGCUUAUCUUUCAAUUAAGAAGCCCAUAAAAUACACUGACUUUCUUUGAUU